AUGGGGAAGAAGGUGGCACAACAAUACGAGCAAAUGAACCAACCGCCGUUCUACCCGUACUCACCACCCAUUCCCGCCGGUGCUUUUCCUCCUCCUCCUCAGCAGCAACUACUACAACAACAGCAGCAACAACAACACCAACAACACCAACAACAAUACCAGCAAUACCAACAACCGGCAGAGGUUCCCCGCCAGUUCCCGACGGCCUUCUGUAUGUACACUGAGUCUCGCUGGAGCCAGCGACAUUGGAUGCUCGGCGAGCACCAGGCGAACCCGCUAUACGCCGUCUCACUACAUAGUGGCUUGUCUGGACAGCCGGACGUUGUACUGCAUAGUGGUCCAAAUGAGAAGCUACCGCCGUUCGCUGGCGCAAAGAGAGAUGGGUGGGGCGGCGCCGCGAAGAUUACCUUCCCAACUGGAUUAGGUUCGCAGGAGACGGUGGAGAAGAUGGAGAAGGGAGGGAGCUUGACACAUCCGACCUUUUCGUUUAGUAUUGAGGUCGGCCCGGGUAUGUGGCGCGAGACUUUCGAGUGGCGACACACGUCCGGCGCUGCUGUCAAGGCGCUCGACGGCCAGAGGUCCGGGUGGAAGCUUGUUAGGCUAGCCGGUGGCGGCGGCGCGGGCUUUGGCGCCACGUCGAGUGAUGGGAAGGAGGUCGUUGCAGUUUGGGCAUGGGCCAGCGCCAGCUUAACAAAGGUCUUCAAGUUCCAAUUCCUCAGCAGUGGCGCAAAUGGUGCCUUAGGCGACCGCUGGGCUAUCAUGGCUGUUAUCACGGCGCUCAAGAUAUGGGACCGCCAAAGACGAGAGAAGAAUGCGAGGGCUGCGUCUGGCGGUGGAGCUUAG